UCCAGCUUGGCUUGGAUGUGCAACCUUAAUAAAACUCACUGAGGUCUGGGAGAAAAUAGCAGAUCUGCUGCAGAUAGGGUAGGGGAAAGGGUCUAGAAUAUGUACACGCAGCUGACUCAGGCAGGCUCCACGCUGAACGGUUACACAGAGAGGAAACAAUAAAUCUCAGCUACUAUGCAAUAAAUAUCUCAAGUUUUAACUAAGGAAACUACCAUUACAGUGAAAUAAAAAAAAAAAAAACAACAUUUUAGCACAAAGCUAACAAAUGGCUAGUUUUCUGUGAUUCUUCUUCAAAAGCUUUCUUUGAGGGGGAAAAGUCAAUCAAGCAGUUUUACCUAAAAUAAAAACUAGUUUAAAGGUCAGAAGAAAGGAGCAAGUUUUGCGAGCGGCACGGAAAGAGAGUGCUGGCAGUACAAUGACAGUUUUCCUUUCCUUUGCUUUCCUCGCUGCCAUUCUGACUCACAUAGGGUGCAGCAACCAGCGCCGAAGUCCAGAAAACGGUGGGAGAAGAUAUAACCGGAUUCAACAUGGGCAAUGUGCCUACACUUUCAUCCUUCCAGAACACGACGGGAACUGUCGUGAGAGUACGACAGACCAGUACAACACAAACGCUCUGCAGAGAGAUGCUCCACACGUGGAACCGGAUUUCUCUUCCCAGAAACUUCAACAUCUGGAGCAUGUGAUGGAAAAUUAUACUCAGUGGCUGCAAAAAAUUGAGAAUUACAUUGUGGAAAAUAUGAAGUCGGAGAUGGCCCAGAUACAGCAGAAUGCAGUUCAGAACCACACGGCCACCAUGCUCGAGAUAGGAACCAGCCUCCUCUCUCAGACUGCAGAGCAGACCAGAAAGCUGACAGAUGUUGAGACCCAGGUACUAAAUCAAACUUCUCGACUUGAAAUACAACUGCUAGAGAAUUCAUUAUCAACAUACAAGCUAGAGAAGCAGCUUCUUCAACAGACAAAUGAAAUCCUAAAGAUUCAUGAGAAAAACAGUUUAUUAGAACAUAAAAUCUUAGAAAUGGAGGGAAAGCACAAGGAAGAGUUGGACACCUUAAAAGAAGAGAGAGAAAAUCUUCAAGUCUUGGUUACUCGCCAAACAUACAUAAUCCAGGAACUGGAGAAACAAUUGAACAGAGCCACCAACAACAAUAGUGUCCUUCAGAAGCAGCAACUGGAGCUGAUGGACACAGUGCAUAACCUCGUCAACCUUUGCACUAAAGAAGGUGUUUUACUAAAGGGAGGAAAAAAAGAGGAAGAGAAACCAUUUAGAGACUGUGCAGAUGUAUAUCAAGCUGGUUUUAAUAAAAGUGGAAUCUACACUAUAUAUAUUAAUAAUAUGCCAGAACCCAAAAAGGUAUUUUGCAAUAUGGAUCUUACUGGGGGAGGUUGGACUGUAAUACAACAUCGUGAAGAUGGAAGUCUAGAUUUCCAAAGAGGUUGGAAAGAAUAUAAAAUGGGUUUUGGAAAUCCCUCUGGCGAAUAUUGGCUGGGGAAUGAGUUUAUUUUUGCCAUUACCAGUCAGAGGCAGUACACACUAAGAAUUGAGUUAAUGGACUGGGAAGGAAACCGAGCCUAUUCACAAUAUGACAGAUUCCACAUAGGAAACGAAAAGCAGAACUACAGGUUGUAUUUAAAGGGUCACACUGGGACAGCAGGAAAACAGAGCAGCCUGAUCUUACAUGGUGCUGAUUUCAGCACUAAAGAUGCAGAUAAUGACAACUGUAUGUGCAAAUGUGCCCUCAUGCUAACAGGAGGCUGGUGGUUUGAUGCUUGUGGCCCAUCCAAUCUAAAUGGAAUGUUCUACACUGCUGGACAAAACCAUGGAAAACUGAAUGGGAUUAAGUGGCACUACUUCAAAGGGCCCAGUUACUCCUUACGUUCCACAACUAUGAUGAUUCGACCUUUGGACUUUUGAAGGCAUAAUUGUCAAAAGCAAUAAUAAAAACAACAAAUCAAUCUGAAGAAGCUACCAGAUGAGAAACUGCUUGAAAACUUGUGAAGCAGAUAUUAUCGCCCUUCCAGCCAUAAGUGGCAGUUAUGUGAAGUCACCAAGGUUCUUGACUGUGGAUUUGGAGCCUUUUGAGUUCACAGAAGUCUCUAGAUGGGGUUAACCAUGUUCAUAUGGCUUGACUACAGAGAAUGCCACUCACUGUCAUGUUUUAAAAAGGGAAGAAAGUGUUCAAUUCACUGUGCUUCAAACUACUACUGGAUCUUAUUUUAGAACUAUGGUAGCCAGAUGAUAAAUGUGGUUUAUUUCACGUAAAAAUUGAAAAGAAGAAGGAGGAGGAGGAAAUGAACAACAAAAGAAUAUACGUGAAGAAUAUAAACAGACCUGCCAUCAUCCUUUGGAAAAGAUGUAUCACACCAGUGAAGUGGUGUUAUUUCUAUGCAAACCUACUAAAAAUCCAUUUAUACUGUUGCACAAUUUUAAUAAAAGUUUAGGAAGAAUCAGUAUUGCCCUCUAAAUUGGUUAAGUGUUCAUGGAUUUCUGAAGCUUAACUCUUAAAUCACACUUACUAAUUAAUUUCAGUUAACCCAUCUUCAAAUGUAAAUUCCAUUUUGGUAAACCAUAAUGAACUGUAGUAUGUGAAGAGUAAUAGUGUGAGGUAGCAACAUACUCCAUUUACUCUUUAAUUUUUGAUAUAGUUUUCAGGAAAAAAUGGACAUAACCAAGUAUUAUGGACAUAUGAGAUAAAAAAUGAUCCCUCCAUGCUAUAGUUUUCAGUUACUUUAAGAACUGACUGAUUUAUAAAUAUAUUUAUAGCGUGAGUAAAGUUUAAAGAAUGUGAAAUAUACCAUCAAGGUCUUAAAAAUAAUAUACAUGCAUUUACUAUUUUCUGAUAUUAUACAUUAAAACAGUAUUUUAGAGCGUAUUAAGUUGCUGUAAAACCAAGUAAACUGGAACAGUUCACUUUGCAAUAUCUUGCAUGUAUACACUGACAUGUAACUUCAUUAUUUUUAAAAUAACGAUUUCAACUCUUCGUCUUGUUAUCUCAUGCUAAUUUCAUUUUCGCUAAUUAACUGAAACAUGCUUUCCAGAUUCACCCUGUUCCAGUUUCUAUGAGAGAUACACUUUGAAGUCUAUGAAAAAUAAAAGAAGGAUUAUAAAUAUCAUUGUACAUAGCAUGUUUAUAUACAUGGUAAGCCUAAUAGCUCUUUAAUCUGGAAUA